CCACGCCACGUGUGGAGUAGAAGUUUACCAUUCUCCUAAUCAAAACUAUCUCUCUCUCUCUCUCGCUCGCUCGCCUACGAGGCAGGAAGAAGGACCAAUCGAGACGUUGUUGUUGACCUCUUAACCCCCAAAUUCAAUUCAAUUCUCAAGCUUUGAUUUCUCUUUUCUUUUUUCAACAAUCUCUCUCUCCCUCUCUCAAAAAAAGUAUCCGACUUUCGUCAUCUUCAAUCUUGGACCAUCUGUUUGUAAGUUCAUCUCCUUUCUCUCUAAUUGCGAUUGGUUUCAGAGAGAGAGACAGAGUUUACAUCUCAUUAGAUCUAGGGGAGGGGGGAAAUGGAUAGCAGUUACUCCGUCAUUUCCAAAAAGUCUUACGUGGAGUUACAGAAACAACACACCAAGUUGCUUCCUCCUUCCGAUGAAGAAAGCUUCGUCAAUGAUUUCGACGAUUCCCGCUGCCUCGUCGAACAAGCCGACGAUCUAGACUUCGACAUCGCUGAUUAUCCACUCUCCCGUGGCAAAUCCAGUCAAGGAUCUGGGAUCUACGGCGCCGUUUUCAACCUCACCACAUCCAUCAUCGGCGCCGGUAUCAUGGCAUUGCCCGCGACAAUGAAAGUCCUCGGCUUGGUUCUCGGUUUUGUUCUGAUCCUCCUCAUGGCGGUUUUGUCGGAGAUCAGCGUCGAGCUUUUGAUUAGGUUCUCUGUUCUUUACAAGUCCAGAUCUUACGGCGAGGUUGUGCAGUUCGCCAUGGGGAAGACCGCUAGGGUUUUGUCUGAGAUUUGUAUCAUCGUUAACAACGGUGGCGUCCUCGUUGUUUACCUCAUUAUAAUGGGUGAUGUCAUGUCUGGUUCUCUUCAUCACAUUGGUGUUUUGGAUCAGUGGUUAGGGAAUGGGUUUUGGGAUCACCGUAAAGUUUUGAUUUUGGUUGUUAUGGUUGUCUUCUUGGCUCCUCUCUGUGCUUUGAACAAGAUUGAUUCCUUGAGCGUUACUUCUGCUGCUUCCGUUGCUCUUGCUGUUGUCUUCGUUGUUGUCUGUUUCGCUGUUGCGGCGAUUAAGCUUGUCGAAGGAACUAUUGAUACUCCCAGGAUGAGUCCUGAUUUUAGCUCCAAAGAGGCGAUAUUGGAUCUUCUCGUGGUGAUUCCGAUCAUGUCAAACGCUUACGUCUGUCAUUUCAAUGUCCAGCCCAUCUAUAACGAGCUCGAAGGUCGUUCGCCUCAUAAGAUGAACAAAGUUGGGAGAAUCACGACAGCUAUCUGCGUUGUUGUCUAUGCUUCGACUGCAAUAUCAGGCUAUCUUCUCUUCGGUGUGGCUACCGAAGCUGAUAUCUUGACCAACUUUGAUCAAGAUCUAGGCAUCCGUUUCAGCUCUGCGGUGAAUUACGUUGUCAGAAUCGGAUACAUUCUCCAUCUAGUUCUCGUCUUCCCCGUCAUUCAUUUCUCCUUGAGGGAAACCGUUAAUACCUUGUUGUUUGAAGGCUCUCCUCCUCUCUCCGAAAGCAAAAAGAGAUCUCUGGGGCUCACCUUGGUCUUGCUGGCUCUUAUUUACAUCGGCUCCACCAUGAUCCCAAACAUAUGGACUGCUUUCAAAUUCACUGGGGCAACAUCAGCGGUUUCCCUUGGUUUUACCUUCCCUGCUCUUAUCGCAUUACGGUUAGGGAAACAGAGCAAUACGUUAAGCUUUGUGGAGAGAUCUGUCUCGUGGUUAAUGCUAAUCUUGGCUGUGGUGGUUAGCAUUGUGGGAACCGUUGGCAACAUCUACAGCAUCAGGAGCAAAUCAGACUGAUGAUAUACUUGUUUAGUGGGUUUUUACAGGAUCUUGUAGAUUUAUUAUACAAAUCAGAGAUUCUCAGUCCAAUACAGAACCGCAAGUCUUCAGUUUUUGCACCUUUAGGAUCUCGAUCAGCCGGCCUAUGUUCAGGCUAAGUCCAACGAUCUCCGGUUUGUGGAUUGUUUCAGCUUACGAGAUUAUCAUCAUACCCACGACUUCUAUGUAUACAGACCAGAUUCUUAUUGAUAUAUUUUUUUUUAUAUUUAUUUAUACACGCAAUUUUGCUGUUUUUAUA